CUUUGUCUGCACUACUCCGUUUGCUGAUACAGGAUAAAAACAUUGCUUAAUCCCUUUUAACAACUGCUGAGACUAUUUUUAAACAGAAAAUAUGUUUCUGUAUUGCAUUGCCUUUUGAUGAGGCAUUUUUAAGAUUACCAAGCCUCAACCCAUGCUAGAUAAUGAGAGCUGUCUUCCUGCUGGCAAACCGACCAGGAGCUCCUGGGGAAGCGCCGUGGGACCGGUGCUCACCUGUAACAGCAGAGGACAAGAGCUUCAGGCAUUUAUUUUGGAAAAUCUGAAAAGGAUCCCCAGCCCCUGCGAGGACCAGCCCUGGCUGCACUGCACAGAGACCAGAGACAGAGCAGGGACCCCGAGACAAGCAGAACAAAUACAGAAACAAUCUCCGGACAUGUUUCGCAGAUGUUUUUCUUUUUUCGGUCUGUGUCUUUUCCUUCCAACCCAAAGGAGCUCUCUGGGCCAUGGAUCCAGCCUGCAUGGCAGGGGCACAACAUCGCUCCCUGGAUUUGAGAACCUCACCAUGGGGUACAACAAAUACCUCCGGCCCUACUUUGGUGGAGAACCUGUGCAAAUUGCAAUGAGUCUGGACAUUGCAAGUAUUUCUAGCAUAUCUGAGAGUGACAUGCUGUGCCAGCAGGUGCCUGGACACACAUCCCAGCUCUGCUGUGUCCCCCAGGAUUUCACAGCCACCAUCUCCCUGCGGCAGCGCUGGACAGACCCUCGCCUGGUCUUCCAUGGCAACAGGAGCUUCACGCUGGAUUCUCGCCUGCUGGAGCUGCUCUGGGUGCCCGACACCUACAUCGUGGAGUCCAAAAGGUCCUUCCUGCACGAUGUCACCGUGGGCAACCGCCUGCUCAGGCUGUUCUCUAAUGGCACUGUCCUGUAUGCCUUAAGAAUCACUACUACUGUUGCCUGUAACAUGGACCUGUCAAAAUACCCUAUGGACACACAAACGUGCCGACUGCAGCUAGAAAGCUGGGGCUACGAUGAGAGCGAUGUCACCUUCACCUGGCUGCGGGGGAACGACUCGGUGCGCGGCAUGGAGACACUGCGGCUGUCCCAGUACAGGCUGGAGCGCUACCACACGCUGCUCUCCCGGUCCCAGCAGGAGACAGGCAGUUACCCACGACUGAUAUUACAGUUUGAACUGAGAAGAAAUAUCCUUUACUUCAUUUUGGAGACCUACAUGCCCUCCACUCUGCUCGUCAUGUUGUCCUGGGUUUCUUUCUGGAUCACCCUGGACUCAGUGCCUGCAAGAACCUGCAUUGGAGUUACAACAGUGCUUUCUAUGACAACUCUGAUGAUUGGCUCACGAAGUUCCCUUUCAAAAACCAACUGUUUCAUUAAGGCCAUUGAUGUUUAUCUUGGCAUCUGCUUCAGCUUCAUCUUUGGUGCCCUUGUGGAAUAUGCAGUGGCUCACUACAGCUCAUCACAGAAGUGUGCAGCUAAAGGGCCAGAAGAGGGGCCUGCAAAUGAACUGGCUGAAGAAAUGGAAGAAGUUAACAUCACCAACGUCCUCAACAAUUCCAUCACCAGCUAUAAACAGAAAAUCAGCUUCACAAGCAUUGAGAUUUCCAGUGAUAAUGUUAACUGCAGUGACUUGACCAUGAAAAGUCAUGAGAAAAUCAAGUGUGUCUUGAGAAACAAAAUGCACAGGAUUAUUGGUUAUUUCACAAUUCAGAACCCUGGCAAUGUGGACCGCUACGCCAAAUUGCUUUUUCCUUUGUUUUUCAUGGUGAUCAAUGUGUUUUAUUGGGCUUAUUAUCUAUAUUUUUAGUAAAAAUUAGUUGUUUCAUUCUUCUACUUCAGCAGGAGAGUAAGUGUGCCAGUGGGCAUCCAGGUAGCUAACCUCAGUGAAUUCAAUGUGGACAAAAAGCUUCCUUGUGUUUCCUGAGGUACCUAGCAGAACUGUGAGAGCUGUGCCUGCAUCAGCAGCACUGACUCUGACAGCAGCUUUUCAGCUCAGUGGCUGUGCUGGGCUCUUCUGCUCCUACCUGCAUUUCAUUCCACACUUCACUUGGAGAUGGAUGUGCAGGACUGCACUGGCAGCUACAGGGCACUACAGGUGGCAGAAUUAUUUUGGUAGCUUGGAGUGGGUUGGAACCUUCAAGCUGAGAUGUCCCAGAGGAUGUAUAGGAUCAUGCCUGUUGUUUGUUUGCCAGAGAGAACAGAGGGACUGUGAUUACUGCCUCAAUAGCUGCUCUGUUGCAGUGAGAGCCCCGAGGCAGCAGCAGGAGCUCAGUGCAGUGCAGCACAGGGGGAUGCUCCCGUGCAUGGCGCUGCUUUGUCCCGGGUGCUGCAUUGCCAGGACGGUGCUUUGGUACUGCAAUGGUGCCUGACAUCUGUCACCCACUGAGGAAACCCUCACCUGCUGAAGUUCUCCAGCCCUGAGACAGAGGCUGUUGCUUGUAGAGCUGCAUUUUCUCAGAUAUUUGGGAAUAUGAAAUAGAGGCAGCAAAAUAAUUUUGUAACCCAUCUCUUAUACUCUUAUACUCUUAUGUUCUGUCCUGCAGUUGAACAAAUUCUACCACUUUCCAUGUCAUCCUCACAAAUUAUUUUUUUGUCCUGGAGAGUGUUUCCUUCAGCCUUCACUGCUACAAGCAGCUCUCUCUCCUUGCCAGCUACAGGCACAAGUGGCCCAUUUGUCAUUCCCUCCUUUACGUGGCUGUGCAGCUGUGGCAAGUCAGCAGUGCUGCUGGGUGAAAAGAAUGUGUAGGUUGGGUAGGCUAGUCUAAAUCACCCUUUCACUCUCUGUUUCAGGCUGAAACACUGUUAAUUUUUUUUAAAAAAAUCAUGCUCUAAGUGGGCUCUGGAAACUGCCCAAAGUCAGCUUUGUUUAUCCUGCAAUCAGCAGGAGCCAGAGUUUUCUUUUAAAGAUAAAUGAAAUGUGGCUGCUCAGUUACAUUAAAGAAUCAAAUGCCAUUUGGUACUGUGUAGCUUAAGAGUAAUGAAGUCUUUAUUUUCUGAUUGUAAAAUGAACGUUUUAUGACAGACUUUCCCUCCCCAGCACCCUUUUCUGGUCUGUGCUGCUUUCACCACUGAGAGGGGGCAAUCCUGCAGUUACAUGGGCAGAACUGAAAUUGCCUGCAGUGCCUCCAUUCAGCAGAGUUCUGGCUGGGUGAGGCCUCUCACUUUGUAGCUUAUGUUACAGUCUCAGCAUGCAGUGCUAGCUUAAGGAUCUCUUCUUGGAGGUAGAGAAGGUGAGCAGAGCACAUGAAACUAUAGAUUUUUUACUUUAAUAACUUUUUAUUGAACCACUUCACCACACUGUACUGUGAGGGAUCUGACCCACAUAUUCAUAAAUCAUCUCUUUUACUAAGAGCAGCACAUGAAGACAGAGGGGAACAGGCUGACAAUGGCAAGUGAAUGAACACAAACUCCAAUAAUUAAGUGUUGGCUUGUAUAUACUGGCAUUUGAAGUCCAUUCCAUUAAAUGUAAUAAAGUGAAUGUUUGUGAUAUGAACAGAA